AUGGGACAGUCUGUUACCACUCCCCUUAGUCUGACUUUAGAUCAUUGGACUGAAGUUAGAACUCAUAAUCUUUCAGUUGAAGUGAGGAAAGGCAAAUGACAAACUCUCUGUUCCUCUGAGUGGCCGACCUACAAUAUAGGAUGGCCAGCAGAUGGCACUUUUAACCUGGACGCCAUUGGGGCCGUGAGAAAUAUUAUCUUUCAGGAAGAAGGCAGACAUCCAGACCAGGAAUUCUACAUCCUAACCUGGCAGGAUUUGGUCUAGAACCCGCCUCCUUGGGUCUGGCCCUGGAUACCGACCGGCUGUCCUCCUUCAAGACCGACUGUCUCCACAUGGGUCCUGACAGCUGAGGCGGUGCCGGACCCUAAGAUUUACCAAAUCACCCAAACAAACCUUCUACUUCUUGAUCCCCCGCCUCCUUACCCUCCUGCCAUACCCCCUGCCCUUGCUCCUUCAGCUCCCCCGGCUCUGCAGGACAGGGAAGUGGGAGGGCCAGCAGCCGGAACCAGGAGUCGGCAGGCAGCCACCCCAGAUACCACUGUGGCACUGCCUUUGCGGGCCGUCGGACCACCAACUCCUCCUUGGGACCAGAUAAUGACCCGGAGUCAUCAGCCCCUUCAGCCCCUUCAGUAUUGGCCGUUCUCUUCAGCCAAUCUCUAUAACUGGAAGGCCAAUCAUCCUCCUUUCUCUGAGGACCCUUCUAAACUAACCUUGGUAGAAUCUGUAGUCUUUUCCCACCAGCCAACUUGGGAUGAUUGCCAACAGCUGUUGCAGACUCUCUUCACCACUGAGGAAAGAGAGCAUAUCCUCCUGGAAGCCAGGAAAAAUGUCCCAGGUGACGACGGUCACCCUUCCCAGCUCCAGAUCGUCAUAGAAGACGGCUUCCCAUUAGCUCGUCCCAACUGGGAUUUCAACACGGCUGACGGUAGGGAGCAUCUUGGAGUCUAUCGUCAGGCUCUGGUGGCUGGUCUCUGAGGGGUGGCUAGAUGCCCUACCAAUUUGGCUAAGGUAAGGGAAGUAAUUCGGGGGCCGACCAAACUUCCCUUGGCGUUCUUCAAACGGCUUAUGGAAGCCUAUAGGAGAUAUGUGCCGUUUGACCAGAUGGCUGAAGGACAGAGGGUCUCGGUACUCAUGGGCUUCAUAGACCAAUCAGCCCCAGAUAUUAGGAAAAAGUUGCAAAGGUUAGAUGGCCUGGCUAGGUAUACUCUGUCUGACAUAGUCAAGGAAGCAGAAAAAGUUUAUAACAAAAGAGAAACAGAGGAAGAAAAAGAGCAGAGAAGAGCAAAGGAGCAGGAAGAGAGAGAGAACAGGCGAGACAAAUGGCAUGAAAAAAAUAUGAGUAGAAUCCUGUCCGCUGUAGUCAAUGAUAAGAAAAGAGGCUAGGAUAGAGAUAGAGUUAGGAAGACAGGGAAACGGGGCAACAGGCCACCCUUGGAAAAAGAUCAAUGCACCUACUGCAAGGAGAAAGGACACUGGGCCAAAGAUUGUCCCAAGAAGAAGGGACCAUCCAAGAAGGUCCUGGCCCUUGAGGACGAUGACUGGGGGUGGGGACGGGGCUUGGAGCCCCUCCCCAAGCCUAGGGUAACUCUUAAGGUGGAAGGGAAACCUAUUGACUUUCUGGUAGACACUGGUGCCCAACACUCAGUCUUGUUGCAACCAGGGGCGACUUUGUCCAAAAAGAAGUCCUGGGUACUUGGGGCCACCAGAAAUCAGCAAUAUUCAUGGACUACCCAAAGAAUGGUGGACCUCGGUGUGGGCCAGGUAUCCCUCCACUCCUUUUUAGUCAUUCCAGGAUGUCCUGCUCCUCUGUUAGGUAGAGACUUGCUCACCAAAAUAGGAGCACAGAUCUCCUUCACAGAGGAGGGGCCCCAGGUGACUGACCAGCAAGGGCAGGUCAUCCAAGUACUCACCACGCAAAUUGAGGACGAACAUAGACUGUUUGAGAACCCUCCUCCCACCUCCUCGUGACCCUCAGAGUGGCUGCAAAGGGUCCCCGGGGCAUGGGCUGAAACUGCAGGCAUGGAGUUCGCUUCUAGCCAACCUCCAGUGAUGAUAGAACUCAAGGCUUCUGCCACCCCAGUUUCAGUUUGACAAUACCCUAUGAGUACAGAAGCAAAGAACGGGAUCAGACCUCACAUAGCCAGAAUACUAGAACUAGGUGUUCUGAGAAAAUGUCAGUCACCAUGGAAUACCCCCUUGUUGCCAGUCCGAAAGCCCGGCACGAAUGACUAUCGCCCUGUUCAGGACUUGAGGGAAGUCAAUAGGCAGGUACAAGAUCUUCAUCCGACGGUGCCAAAUCCAUACAAUCUCUUAAGUUCACUCCCUCCUGACAGAGAUUGGUACACUGUCCUGGAUUUAAAGGAUGCCUUCUUCUGCUUACCACUGAGCAAAUCUAGCCAACCCAUCUUUGCCUUUGAAUGGAAAGAUCCGGACUCUGGAAUGUCAGGACAACUCACCUGGACUCGGCUGCCCCAAGGAUUCAAGAACUCCCCCACCAUCUUUGAUGGAGCUCUACACCAGGAUUUGGCACCCUUUAGGGUUGCCAACCCUCAGGUAACUUUGCUCCAAUAUGUUGCUGACCUCCUGGCAGCAGGGAGCCAAGCAGACUGUGAAAAAGGGACUGCAGCCCUAUUGAAGGAAUUGACCUGGCUGGGCUACUGCGCAUCGGCUGAGAAGGCUCAAAUCUGCCAAAGCCAAGUAACUUACUUAGGAUAUACCCUUAAAGAGGACAGAUGGUUGAUGGAGGCACGAAAACAAGCAGUUACCCAGAUCUCCCCUCCCAAGACGGCCAGACAAGUUUGGGAAUUCUUGGGUACAGCCGGCUUCUGUAGACUAUAGAUCCCAGGGUUUGCCUCUCUGGCAGCGCCCCUCUACCCUCUGACCAAAAGCAAUGCCCCUUUCAUGGGGGGGGGGCAGCAACAAGCCUUCAACGAGAUAAAAAGGGCCUUGACAGCCCCAGCACUCUCCCUGCCAGACGCCUUUAAACCCUUCUAUCUGUUCGUGCAUGAACAAAAAGGCAUUGCAAAAGGGGUCUUAACCUAGAGAUUGGGCCCCUGGAGGCGUCCUGUGGCCUACCUAUCCAAGAAAUUGGAUCCGGUAGCAGCCGGAUGGCCCCCCUGCCUUAAGAUCAUAGCAGCAGUAGCUCCUUUGCUCAAAGAUGUGGACAAACUGACUUUGGGGCAAACUGUCACUAUUCUGGCCUCACAUGCCCUGGAGAGCAUAAUACGCCAACCUCCAGAUCACUGGCUAUCUAACGCUCAAAUCACCCACUACCAAAGUUUGCUGCUCAACUCAGACCAUGUCAAGUUCGCUCCAGCCACUCAGCUCAACCCUGCUACACUCUGGCCGGACCCCAACCCUGACUCAACUGUUAUCCACGACUGUGGGGAGACCCUGGCAGAACUGACCGUGGUCCGAAAAGACCUUCAGGACCAACCUUUACCAGAUGCCAAGGUAACCUGGUUCACAGAUGGGAGCAGCUACCUUCUGGAAGGUAAGCGAAUGGCGGGGGCAGCAAUAGUGGAUGGUGAAUGAGUUAUAUGGGCCAGUAAGUUGCCUGAAGGAACUUUGGCUCAAAAGGCAGAACUCAUUGCCUUAACUCAGGCUUUAAAUAUGCCGGAAGGAAAAAAGGCUAACAUCUAUACUGACAGCCCAUAUGCCUUUGCUACUGCUCAUGUGCAUGGGGCCAUAUACCAGCAACGAGGGCUAUUGACCUCAGCAGGAAAGGAAAUAAAAAAUAAAGCGGAAAUUCUUAACCUCUUAGAUGCCCUCCACAGGCCCGCUCGUCUAGCUAUUAUUCACUGCCCUGGCCAUCAAAAGGGAGACUCUCUCGCCGCCCGAGGAAAUCGCAUGGCAGAUAAAGAAGCAAAAAGGGCUGCCCAAGGAUUAGACAUAAUGGUGGCUCAGACAGAAUCAGAACCUGAUGCUACCCCACGAGCCAUGACGCUCACUUAUACUAAACAGGACUUAAAGGAGAUGACCAAACUAAAUAAGAAUUUCAACCCAGUCUCCCAGCAGGUAUGGGAGACAGAAGACAGGAAGGUAAUCCUACCCAAGGAACAGGCUAAAAAGAUUAUAGACCAGACCCACCGGUUGACACACUUGGGAGCCAAGAAAUUAAUUGACAUAAUCAAAAAGACUAAUUAUUACAUAGUAGGUCUACAAGAUCUGGCUGAAGAGAUAGUUAAGCAAUGUAUACCGUGCCAAAAAGUAAACGCACAAGCAAACAACCUAGAGCCAGGUAAAAGACUACGAGGAAAGUGGCCUAGAAUGCAUUGGGAAAUUGACUUCACAGAACUUAGGCCUGCCAAGUUUGGAAACAAAUACCUUUUAGUGUUUGUGGAUACUUUCUCAGGUUGGGUGGAGGCCUUUCCCACCAAAAAAGAAACAGCAACUCUGGUGUCCAAGAAGAUUCUGGAAGAGAUUUUUCCCCGAUUUGGGUUCCUUGGGUUUCCAUCAGGUAAUGGCCCGGCUUUUGUUCCCCAGGUAAGUGAGGAGGUGGCCAGGACAUUGGGGAUUGAUUGGAAAUUACAUUGUGUAUAUAGACCCCAAAGCUUAGGCCAAGUAGAAAGAAUGAAUAAAACUCUAAAAGAGUCCAUGGAGACUGGCUGUUCUGACUGGAUGAUGCUCCUGCCACUGGCCCUGUUCCGAGUUCAGAACUCCCCUUUCAGAUUCAAGCCAACCCCUUUUGAGAUUUUGUUUGGAAUACCCCCUCCACUAAGCCAGAUGGUCAGUCAGACAGACCCUGUUUCGAUUGGUAAUUAUGAUUUGUACAGCAGGUUGAGGGCCCUACAAGCUGUCCAUGCAGAACUGUGGCCACUGGUUUGGGAAACUUAUCACCCUGCCGAAUCCCAAGCAUCUCACCAAUACCAGGUGGGAGACUCGGUCUACAUGAGGCAACACCGAACCACCAACCUUGAGCCGCGCUGGAAGGGACCUUACAUAGUACUCCUGACCACUCCCACUGCCAUCAAGGGCAAUGGAAUCACUGCCUGGAUUCAUGCUUCUCACGUCAAGCCAACACCGCUACUGACACCCAGAUGGAAAGCUGAAAAGACUGACAAUCCCCUUAAGCUUCGCUUUCGCCGCUUGCCUGCUGUCAACCCUUCCCGGGACCAGGGGGACCUCUAGCCCUCAUUAACCUCUGAAC